AUGGCUUUACUGGAGACCUGUGUGGGGGUUUUGAAAGGAGAUGAUAUUAUCAGGAAGUGUGGGUGGCUGGAAUUGGAGGAUAUCAGUUAUGACAUGACUGAUCCUUGGUUGGUGCUGGGAGAUUUUAAUGCCAUCCUUCAUGCUUCUGAGAAGAUUGGGAGUCAGGAGCUUUGUUGGAAGGGUAUGGAUGAGUUUAAUCAGUGUCUGAUUAAUUGCAAUGUCAGUGAUAUGGGGUUCAAAGGCCCUGAUUUUACUUGGAAAAGGGGUAGACUCCAUGAGAGGCUGGAUAGAGCCUGUUCCAGUGAGGCUUGGAACAUUGCUUGGCCUAAUAGGUUUGUGUCCCAUCUUCCUUUCUACAACUCGGAUCACAGGCCUAUCCUCUUAUAUGAUGAGAGAAUCUCUGUUCCUAGGGAACACAUUAGAAGUUUUAAAUUCAUGGCAGCUUGGUUAACUGACUCUAGAUUUGGGGAUUUGGUUAGGAGUUGUUGGGAGAAUGGGGAUUGGCUGACUGCUAGGAGGAAAUUUGAGGUUGAUGCUACUUUUUGGCACCAUAAUGUCUUCAAGGAGGUUUUUAAACAGAAAAAUAGACUUUAUUCUCGGCUGAAUGGUCUGGACUCUUACAAGUAUGGGAGGUAUGAUCAUAAUACUGAACUGCUACAGAAGGAUCUAUGGAGGGAACUUCAGUCUAUUCUGGUUAAGGAAGAACUCAUAUGGUUUCAAAGAUCUCGUAACCAUUGGCUGAAAUUUGGUGACAAAAAUACCAGAUUUUUCCAUGCAUCAACAGUAGCUAGGAGAAGGCAUAACAGAAUUGUGACUCUGAAAGAUGAGGGUGGUAACUGGAUAGCUGAUUCUGAGAGUCUGGUCCAGUUGGCUGUUUCUUUCUAUCAAGGUCUCUUCACCAGUGAGGGUGUGAGGGAAGAUAUUUUCCCUAUUCAGAAGAUGUUUCCUAGGUUGGCUGAGCAUGAUAUGAGGAGGCUGGCUUUCAUAAAAAGGAUUGUUUUAUGA